AUGGAGAUCCUCAUUGGGCCGCAGGAAGUGACGCCGUUUGGAACGCGUUGGAUUGAACUGGAGAGAAAGCUCCUGCAAAGUGGCCUCAUCUUUGUGGUGGACAGCAGUGACCGUGAGCGCAUCCAGGAAGCUGCUGAAGAGCUGCAGAUGAUGCUUGAUGAAAAUGAGCUGAGGGACACCAUUGUGUUGGUUCUUGCUAACAAGCAGGAUUUGCCUAAUGCCAUGCCGGUUCACGAGAUGACCGAGAAGCUCAGAUUGCACGCCAUGAAGGGACGAGAUUGGUACAUUCAGUCGACCUGUGCGACAAAUGGAGAAGGUUUAUAUGAAGGACUGGACUGGCUUUCAAAUCAGCUCCCCAAACGAUAAAAUCUGAUCCGUUGCACUAAGUGAAUUUAUUUGAAAAAUACUGUUCUGUAUAUAAAUGUGCCAAUAACACUGUGAAUAUUAUGAUAUAUUAAUAUAGUACCUUUAUUUUUCUGAAAUCUUACACUAUUUAUGUUUUAUUGUUUGCCUCUGGGUUUGACUUUACAAAUAGUUGUUUA